AUGUCGUCCACAAAGGAACUCGAGGCAACCAUGAGCAAGACAAUCGGUGAGGUCUUGCCUGUCGAUGGUCAAGACUCGACACUCCUCCGAAAGAUCGACUGGCGUAUUGUCCCGAUUAUGUUCGCCUGUUACUUUUUACAAUUCCUCGACAAGGUGCUCAUUAACUACGCCAACGUCAUGGGCCUCGCCAAAGAUCUGGGAAUGAAAGGGAAUGAUUUCUCCUGGAUGGCGACUGCCUUCUUCAUUGGUUUCGCCGUCGCCGAAUUCCCACAGGGCUACUUGCUUCAAAGGUAUCCCCUCGGCAAAGUCCUUGGGUUCAACGUUCUCUGCUGGGGCAUUGUGAUCUGCUGCAGCGCCGCAGUCAAGAACUUUGCUGGUAUGGUCGCCCUGCGGACUCUGCUGGGCUGCUUUGAGGCCUGCAUUUCUCCAGCACUUGUUUUGUCAACAUCGCAAUGGUAUACCAAGCGAGAAGCUGGCCCCCGCUAUGGGAUCUGGUACUGCGGUCUGGGUGCGGGACAGAUCAUCGGUGGUCUGGUAUCCUUUGCAGCUCAACAUGGUGCCGUUGGCGCAUCUUUUGGGGGCUGGCGCAUCAUGAUGGUCGCCGUUGGUGCCUUCAACAUCUCCGUUGCUUGCAUUGUCCUGGCUUUCCUCCCUGACACCGUGGAUUCCGCAAAAUUCCUAUCUUCAGAAGAAAAGGCCUCGAUCCACCAGAAACUGGCAUUCGAUCAAGCCGGAAACGGUACCAAAAUCUUUCGAAGUGCAUCACUACGGGAAGUCUUUCUCGACGCACAGAUCUGGCUCCUACUUCUCUUGACCAUCUUGAUAGUCAUCCCCAGCGGCGUCAUCACCACAUUCUCCGCCACUUUGAUCAGGGGCUUUGGAUAUAAACCCAAGCAAUCUGCGCUUCUCAACAUGCCUUCCGGAAUAGUCAGUAUCGCUAGCACCCUGAUAUGCACUUUUGCCAUUCGCCGAGGCUUCCCUCGCUGGCUCAGCAUUGUCCUCCUGCUCAUCCCGACUGUAAUUGGCGCAGGACUGAUGUCGUUCAUCUCUUCCAACAACCAACCGGGCAAACUUGCGGGAAUCUACUUGAUCAAUACGAUUGUCGCCCCGCUGGCGAUCAUUUACACCUGGGUUGGUGCAAACACAAUGGGGUACACGAAGCGAGUUGCCUCGAAUGCAAUCAUCGCGAUCGGAUUCAGUAUCGCUAAUAUUAUCGGACCACAAACCUUCCAAGCCCGCGAUGCUCCAGACUACAUCCCAGCGAAGAUCACAAUCUUUGCCGUUGCAGGCGGCGCGAUGGUUGUUUCGGUGCUCUUGAGACUCCUCUACGGCCUCAGGAACCGGACGAACGUGAGGAACAGGAGGGCCCAGUUGGAAGGUCUCUCAGCUAGUGAAGUGCUUGCGUCUCCAGACCAAGAUGAGACUGAUCGCAAGAAUCCGGCGUUCGUCUAUGUCUACUAG